AAGAGACCCAGUCUCUUUUCUCUCUCUAUUGUUUCUCUCUGUAAAAGACUCAAUGCAGCAAGUGCGUCGUCGUGGUGAUUGAGGAGCGCUGAGCGAAAUGCGGGGUGGUGUUUCCCUGUUGUUGGCGUUAGCCUCCGUGGCGGCGGCGGCGACGGUGUCGUGCGGUGGUUUGGCGGGGACUUUUCUUCCUCUGGAACGGGCCAUUCCUCUGAACCAGCAAGUGGAGCUGGAGGCGCUGAGAGCUCGCGACAGAGCACGCCACGGUCGAAUCUUGCAAGGUGUCGUCGGUGGCGUCGUAGACUUCUCCGUCCAAGGAACCUCCGAUCCUUACUUCGUUGGGUACGGGUUGUAUUUUACGAAAGUGAAGUUGGGAUCCCCUGCGAAAGAGUUUUACGUUCAGAUUGAUACUGGAAGUGACAUCUUGUGGAUAAAUUGCAUAACUUGCAGUAAUUGCCCUCAUUCUAGUGGAUUGGGGAUUGAGCUUGAUUUCUUUGACACGGCCGGCUCGUCCACUGCUGCGCUUGUUUCCUGUGGGGACCCGAUAUGUUCGUAUGCGGUUCAAACUGCGACAAGUGAAUGCUCUUCUCAGGCUAAUCAGUGCAGCUACACUUUUCAGUAUGGGGAUGGAAGUGGGACUACUGGUUAUUAUGUUUCUGAUACAAUGUAUUUUGACACGGUCCUCCUCGGACAGUCUGUGGUUGCUAACUCUUCAUCCACCAUCAUUUUUGGGUGUAGCACCUACCAGUCUGGGGAUUUGACCAAGACAGAUAAAGCAGUUGAUGGAAUUUUUGGGUUUGGCCCUGGUGCUCUAUCUGUUAUAUCACAAUUGUCAUCACGGGGUGUAACACCCAAAGUGUUCUCUCAUUGCUUAAAAGGAGGAGAGAACGGAGGAGGCGUGCUAGUUCUUGGUGAAAUUUUGGAACCAAGUAUUGUUUAUAGUCCACUUGUCCCAUCACAGCCUCAUUACAACUUAAAUCUUCAGAGCAUUGCUGUCAAUGGACAACUUCUCCCAAUUGAUUCAAAUGUAUUUGCAACAACUAACAAUCAAGGAACAAUAGUUGACUCUGGCACAACAUUGGCAUACCUUGUUCAAGAAGCUUACAAUCCUUUUGUCAAAGCUAUAACUGCUGCUGUGUCACAGUUUUCAAAACCCAUUAUUUCAAAAGGAAACCAGUGUUAUCUGGUAUCAAACAGCGUAGGUGAUAUAUUUCCUCAAGUCAGUUUAAACUUCAUGGGCGGAGCAUCUAUGGUUUUGAAUCCAGAACAUUACCUCAUGCAUUAUGGUUUCCUUGAUGGUGCUGCAAUGUGGUGCAUUGGCUUCCAAAAAGUGGAGCAGGGAUUCACAAUUUUAGGAGAUCUUGUCCUAAAAGAUAAGAUAUUUGUAUAUGACUUAGCUAAUCAACGAAUUGGAUGGGCCGAUUAUGAUUGUUCCUUGUCUGUGAACGUCUCUCUGGCUACCAGCAAGAGCAAGGAUGCAUACAUCAACAAUUCAGGACAGAUGAGUGCGAGCUGCUCCCACAUAGGCACUUUCUCCAAGUUGUUAGCUGUAGGCAUUGCUGCUUUCCUUGUGCACAUAAUAGUUUUCAUGGAGUGCCAAUUUUUGUAAACCACUACCACGAGUCAAAGAUCACUCUUUGAAACUUAAAAGGGUUGGCUGAUGUCUUAUUUAUUAUCGGCAUACCCUUGUAUUGAAACGGGAGGUGGUUGCAGUUUUCUGAGCUGUAUUUAAUCUCAUAGGUAUCUUUAGCACGCUGAAAAUGAGGAUCUCAUUGUAAAGGGUAUCUCUUGUUGGGAACUUGCAUAAUUGUAUACAGUAUUAGUUUAUCUCUGGAUGGAAAUUGUAUCAUUUAUAAACUGCUCUGACUACAUAAAACAGUGUACUCCUGAUCUGCAAAGGAUAUGGGAAUGUCAUAUUCGUGGAAUUGUGUUCAUGUUAUCACCAAUGGAUCGAUGUGUGCAGCAACAAAAUUUUCAAAUGAAUGUAAAGGAAGCAGAACAAUGUUUCUUAGAA